UAUAUGAUUAGCUUUAACAAUUGGUCAUAUCAAAAUGGAGAAAGCUAUAAUCCUAACUAUAUCAUUCUUCCUUUUGAUAUUCUCUUGUUUUGUGUCCCCAAUUUCAUCUGUUGACACCCUUAAACCUGGGGAUAGUCUAAAUUCAUCUGCUUUCUUAGUUUCUGCUGACGGAUUUUUCACAUUAGGAUUCUUUAAGCUCAAAUUUUCCGGUGAUAGUUAUUUAGGAAUAACGUAUUGGAACGAAACAGGUGGGAACAAUUUAGUAUGGCUUUGUAACAGAGAAAACGGUAUUAGUGAUGAUUCUGGUAUUCUCACAAUAAAUAGUGCUGGAAAACUUAUUAUAACAAGCAACACAUCAGAUCCUACUGUGCUUUAUGCAGGCCGAAAUGGCAAAAAUAUAACAGCCACACUAUUGAAUUCGGGGAAUUUCGUAGUGAGAGAGAUGAAUAUAAACGAUUCUUCGGAUAGGGUGUUGUGGGAAAGCUUUGAUUACCCAACUGAUACUCUUUUUCCGGGGAUGAAAUUAGGUGUUAAUCAUAGGACUAGAAGAAAUUGGCAUCUUACAUCACGGUUUGGCGUAGACAAUCCCGCUUCAGGAGCUUUUACGUUGGAAUGGGAUCCAGGCACACGUAUGUUGAUUGUACGACGACGAGGGCUGAUUUAUUGGACCAGUGGCAACUUGAAAGACUAUACUAAUCAGAGCUUGAGAUUGAAUGUGAAGGAAUUUGAGAAUAUACCUAAACCCAAUUUUGAAGAUUUCAAUUACAAUUUCACCAAUGUUUCAAAUGGUGCGGAGGAUUACUUCAGCUACUCCCGUAUAACAUACCCCACAGCUAUCCAUGGGCCUCUUUCUGGAUGGCAGCUGAGUUAUAACGGGGAUAUAUUUGACACUUAUAAUGGGACAAUGAUAGCAAAAGUGAGUCUUUGUUAUGGUUACAACAUUUACAAAGGCUGUGAAUCAUGGGAGCAGCCCAUUUGCAGAAAUCAUAACGAGACAUUUGUUUUGAAAUCAGGGCAUUUCGCUAAUGGAAAUGGGAGCGAGCCUGUUUCAGAAUUUGUUUAUGAUUAUAAUCUUACUGAGAGUGACUGCAGAGAGAAGUGCUGGAAGGACUGUGAAUGUGUAGGCUUUGCCUAUGUCAGUGUUGAAUAUGUAUGUACAUUCUGGAAAGGGAAAAAUUUGACUUUUGUACAGAGUUAUGAUGGUUCUGAACCUAAACAAUUCAUUCUUGUUCUAAAGGCUUCAGAGCCUUCGACCAAAAGAUGGAAGUCAUGGGAAAUCAUUACUUUGGUUAUUUCAGUAGUUGCUCUUUUGUUGGGCUGUGUAUGGUUCAUCAUCCGAAAAAUUAAGCAAGGUAAAAGGAAGAAGGAAGAAUUACGUGAACUAAUGACCCUAGAGGGAUAUACUGAAACACAUCCAGUUGAAAGUGAUAGGGGACAGGGUCAUCAUCUUAGACUGUUUACGUAUUCCUCUAUCCUUAGAGCUACGGGCAACUUUUCGUCGACAAACAAACUGGGAGAGGGUGGUUUUGGCCCUGUUUAUAAGGUAAAUUUGAAUUGAGAAUAUUAUGUGUUGUUUGAAUAGGAUCAGCCCUUUGGAGCUUCAAAUAGCAAAAAUACUCUUAUUGCCUUUUCUCUUUCUUAACCGUUGUCCUGAAUCUUACUUUCUUAGGACACAUCAAUUUUAUCCUAUGUUUAGUUUGAGUUUCUAAA